AUGGGUUUAAGUAAAAUAGGUUUAGACCAAUGGUCUAGAUAUAUUAAACUGAAAACUUGGAUAUUUGAGGAUACAUGUUCUACUAUAAACUGCAACAACUUGUUGUUACUAUUAGAUGAUAUAUUUCCAAAAAAAUUUCAAGCUAAAAAACUAGGCUUUGAGAACAACCACAUACCAAUUGGUUUCCACUUUUUGUAUAACAAUCAACCUAACACAAGUCUUGGCACUGAUGGGUAUGACAAUUAUCAAGCACCAAUGGUUAAGGAUGAACAGGCUUACAAAAGACGAAUGUGGGUAAAAGGAAACAUUGAAAUUUACAAGUCGCCAUUGUUGAAUCAAUAUUUAAAAUGUACAGAAAAAGUUCAUACAGUCAAGACAUUCGGUGAUGCAACAUUUGUCAAUAUUAAUAGAGAGUUCAGUGAUACAAAAUGUCUUAACUUUAUUGAAAAUAGGACAUUGAUAUAUAAGAACGAUUUAUAUCAGCUGGUUGCGAAUCAUGCCAGCUUUCCAAAAUUUAAUGAUGCACUCAAUAUCAAAUUAUCUUACAAUGACAUUAUACGAUACAGUCAUUUAACUUAUAACUGUCAUAAGAUUCAUUAUGAUAGUAAUUAUUGCCGUGAGAUCGAAAAUUUACCAGAAAUAAUAGUGCAAGGUCCAUUUAUGGUUACGCUCUUAUUAUAUUGGUUUCAAAAGUUACAUCCUGACUUCACGAUCGGGAAAUUUACCUAUAAAAAUAUUGAGCCAUGGUUUUUGCAUGAUACAGUAACCUUUGGAAUCGUCGAAGGAGAAGAUUCUUAUAAGUUGCAAAUUAUAAAUGAGAAAAAAGGAAAGGUUUACAUGGAAGGAACGAUUAGAUAG